GGAUUCCUGCUGUCCUUGAUUUCCAUAUCAUUUAUUUUGGGAUCCCUUUUAUCCGCGUCCUGCUGCCGCCGAAGCGCGGACCCUCGCAGCCCGGCUCCUUCCCGCGAGCGGGGAGACGGAGGAGCUGCCACCCGGGGGGAUCCGAAGCCGGAUCGUCCUUCCCGCGUCCCCUCUUUGCCGCUAGCCGAAUUUGGGUGCCGCAAAGGGGUCCCUGUACCCCAGUGGGGCCGGUGCCGCUGCCUGGAGCGACGCCCCGGCCCUGCCUCCCCACUGCGGACGCGAGGCGAAAAUAGCCCGGGAGCCCCACGCCCCUGCGGCGGGCCGCUAGAAAUACAUCCAUUUAUGAGAGAGGGGAGUAAAACCACGAGGAGCCGGGCCGCGAUGUGGCCGGGCAGGAAUGCCGUCGCCGUGCGCGGCCGGCUUGGUUUCCAUUUCGGGCCGUGCUAUUUGCGUCUUCCCCUGUAAUUAUCAGUCGAUUUAACGCGUGGUUUAAGCUGUCGUUUACAGCCGCCCGGGACAAAACGCUCGGCCGGCGACGCCUGCAGCCCUCCGAAGACACUUGCCACGCGUCAGACGGGACUGGAGCCCUCGGUGACAGCAGCGUCUCCUCUUCCCCGUGGCCACCGACCGGAAAAAUGUCCCUCUCGCACACGGCCGCCGAGUACAUGCUCUCCGACGCCCUGCUGCCGGACCCCGACGGCUCCCGGGCCAAGGGCCUGCGCCUGGAGCUGCCGAGCGACCGCGUGCUCAAGUUCGUCACUGUGGGGCUGCCGCUCUUCCUUGUCUCGCUGGCUUUCGCCCGCGAGUUCUCCGCAGGCUCGCAGAUCAGCUGCUUCCCCCCCGCCAACUUCACGGCGAAGCAGGCGGCCUACGUCGACGCGGCCUGCUGGGAGUCGCUGGUCCACCACGGCUUCGACGCCGAGGGCCGCGCGGUCACCAAGUCCCUCUGGGCGCUCAAGGUCUUCCCCUACUCGCUGCUGCUCGUCGCCGUGCUCAUGUACCUGCCCUACCUGCUGUGGCGCUACGCGGCCGUCCCCGCGCUCCACUGCGACCUCCUCUUCGUCAUCGACGAGCUGGACAAGUCCUACAACCGCUCCGUGCGCCUGGUGCAGCACAUGAGGAAGGUGCAGCAGGCCAGCGCCGAGCCCGAGCGCGUCUGGGAGGAGUACGAGAGGGCCCGCGAGGAGAGAUACUUCGAGUUCCCGCUGCUGGAGCGCUACCUCACCUGCAAGCAGCGCUCCCACUCCCUGGUGUUCAUCUACCUCCUGAGGAACCUGCUGCUGCUCCUCUUCUUGGCCGCCACCUGCCUCUACCUCGUCUUCCUCCACCUCAGCGUCUUCUUCCAGGACGAGUUCGGCUGCGCCGUCCAGACGGGGCUGCUCCAGGAGCACCGCGUGCCCCCGCUGGUGCCCUGCAAGCUGGUCUUCUUCUCGGUCUUCCAGCUCAUCGGCCUCUCCGUCGGCAGCGUCUACGUCCUCCUCGUGCCCGUGGCGGUCUACAACGCCCUGCAGCUCUGCCGGUGGGACAAGGGGCUGCUGGCCGUCUACGAGAUGCUGCCCGCCUUCGACCUCCUCAGCCGCCGCAUGCUCACCUGCCCCGUCAACGACCUCAACGUCCUGCUGCUCUUCCUGCGGGCCAACGUGGCCGAGCUGCCCUCCUUCCGCCGCCUCAACGCCCUCGGCGCCCUGCGCCGCGACACCGCCGCCCGCGACGCCCGCGACAUCGACACCGUCGUCGACUUCAUGACGCUGCUGGCGGGGCUGGAGCCCGCCAAGGCCAAAGGCCGGGUUUGCGCCCCGGCGGCUGCCGGUGCCGCCUCCCCGCCCAACGGCGAGGCCCCAGAAAUGAAACCCGGAGUGGAAACGGAGGAAAAAAACGCCAGGGACUCGCUCGGUUCGGCCUGACCCUGGGAAUCGGCAGCCCCAACGCCACGCGGCCCCGCUUUGGGUCCAGUUUGCCCCACUUGCAGUGUUGCUUAAAUAAAUUAAACUCAGGUUUUGAUACAA